UUAAACACAACCUCUCUCGUCUUCUAACUGCGAUCCACAGCUACCAAAAGCCCUCGAGCGGGGUAUCUUCUCUUCCCCCACCACCAAUUUUUCACAGUAGAGACCACCCAAUACCGCAAACAUGGUCAACUUCACUGUCGAGGAGAUCCGUGGUCUCAUGGACCAGGCGGCGAACAUCCGUAACAUGUCCGUCAUUGCCCACGUCGACCACGGAAAAUCCACCCUUACCGACUCUCUCGUCCAGCGUGCCGGUAUUAUCUCUGCCGCUAAGGCUGGUGAGGCUCGUUUCACCGACACUCGUGCCGACGAGCAGGAGCGUGGUGUCACCAUCAAGUCUACCGCCAUCUCCCUGUACGCCCAGCUUCAGGAUGAGGAGGACUUGAAAGACAUCCCCCUCAAGGUCGACAAGAACCAGUUCUUGAUCAACUUGAUCGACUCUCCCGGUCACGUUGAUUUCUCCUCUGAGGUCACUGCUGCUCUCCGUGUCACUGACGGUGCUCUCGUCGUCGUCGACACCGUCGAGGGUGUCUGCGUUCAGACCGAGACUGUCCUCCGACAGGCUCUUGGUGAGCGUAUCAAGCCUGUUGUCAUCAUCAACAAGGUCGACCGUGCUCUUCUCGAGCUCCAGGUCAGCAAGGAGGACUUGUACCAGAACUUCUCCCGUGUCAUUGAGUCCGUCAACGUCGUCAUCGCCACCUACUUCGACAAGACCCUCGGUGAUGUCCAGGUCUACCCCGACAAGGGUACGAUUGCCUUCGGUUCCGGUCUCCACGGCUGGGCUUUCACCGUCCGCCAGUUCGCUACCCGUUACGCCAAGAAGUUCGGUGUUGACAAGAACAAGAUGAUGGAGCGUCUCUGGGGCGACAACUACUUCAACCCCAAGACCAAGAAGUGGACCAAGAACGGCACCCACGAGGGUAAGGCUCUCGAGCGUGCUUUCAACCAGUUCAUCCUUGACCCCAUCUUCCGCAUCUUCAACGCUGUCAUGAACUUCAAGACCGACGAGAUCCCCACUCUCCUCGAGAAGCUCGAGAUCAAGCUCUCCAGCGACGAGAAGGACCUCGAGGGCAAGCAGCUCCUCAAGGUUGUCAUGCGCAAGUUCCUUCCCGCUGCCGACGCUCUCUUGGAGAUGAUGAUUCUCCACCUUCCUUCCCCCGUCACCGCUCAGAAGUACCGUAUGGAGACUCUCUACGAGGGUCCUCAGGACGAUGUCAACGCCAUCGCCAUCCGUGACUGCGACCCCAAGGGUCCCCUCAUGUUGUACGUCUCCAAGAUGGUGCCCACCUCCGAUAAGGGUCGUUUCUACGCCUUCGGUCGUGUCUUCGCCGGUACCGUCCGCUCCGGUCUCAAGGUCCGCAUCCAGGGCCCCAACUACACCCCCGGAAAGAAGGAGGACUUGUUCAUCAAGGCCGUCCAGCGUACCGUCCUCAUGAUGGGUCGUUCCACUGACCCCAUCGAGGAUGUCCCCGCCGGUAACAUUCUCGGAUUGGUCGGUAUCGAUCAGUUCUUGCUCAAGUCUGGUACCCUCACCACCAACGAGACUGCCCACAACUUGAAGGUCAUGAAGUUCUCCGUCUCCCCCGUCGUCCAGCGUUCCGUCGAGGUCAAGAACGCCCAGGAUCUUCCCAAGCUCGUCGAAGGUCUCAAGCGUCUCUCCAAGUCAGACCCUUGCGUCUUGACUUACAUCUCCGACUCCGGUGAGCACGUCGUUGCUGGUGCCGGUGAGCUCCACUUGGAGAUUUGCUUGAAGGAUCUCGAGGAGGACCACGCCGGUGUUCCUCUCCGUGUCUCCGACCCCGUCGUCCAGUACCGUGAGACCGUUGCCGGCAAGUCCAGCAUCACCGCUCUCUCCAAGUCUCCCAACAAGCACAACCGUCUCUACGUCACUGCUGAGCCUUUGGAUGAGGAGGUCUCUCUCGCCAUUGAGAGCGGCAAGAUCGGUCCUCGUGACGAUUUCAAGGCUCGUGCCCGUAUCCUUGCUGAUGAGCACGGCUGGGACGUCACCGAUGCCCGUAAGAUUUGGUGCUUCGGUCCCGACACCACUGGUGCCAACUUGCUCGUCGACCAGACCAAGGCCGUCCAGUACUUGAGCGAAAUCAAGGACUCCGUCGUCUCUGGUUUCCAGUGGGCCACCAAGGAAGGUCCCGUUGCCGAGGAGCCCAUGCGUUCCAUCCGCUUCAACAUCAUGGAUGUCACCCUCCACGCCGAUGCCAUCCAUCGUGGUGGUGGUCAGAUCAUCCCUACUGCCCGUCGUGUCUUGUACGCCGCUACUCUCCUUGCCGAGCCCUCUCUCCAGGAGCCCGUCUACCUCGUCGAGAUCCAGGUCCCCGAGCAGGCUAUGGGUGGUAUCUACGGUGUCCUUACCCGAAGGAGAGGUCACGUCUUCGAGGAGAACCAGCGUGUUGGUACUCCCCUCUUCAACGUCAAGGCUUACCUCCCCGUCAACGAGUCUUUCGGUUUCACCGCCGAUCUCCGAUCAAACACUGCCGGACAGGCCUUCCCUCAAUUGGUCUUCGACCAUUGGCAGGUUCUCCAGGGUGGAUCGCCGCUUGACACCUCCACCAUGCCCGGUAAGAUCGUUGCCGAGAUGCGUAAGAGGAAGGGUAUCAAGGUCGAGGUUCCAGGUGUUGACAACUACUAUGACAAGCUAUAGAGGAAAACUCUCAAAAGUUGUAGAUUUCCUUUAUCGUCGAUCUUGGGGCAUGCGGCAGUUUUGGACCUGCUCGUGAUCGCCGGUCGCCAUCCCCAAACGUAGGAAAAGAAAAAAAUGACGGUCCGGGCAUAUUGGCCCUCUCAAGUCGGCGCUGUUCAGGGUGCAUGGUUCACGAAAUAAGGAUGGAUGAUAACCGACUUUCCCUUGCGUUCGUUUUGUG